UAGAAUAUUAAGAUUACACCAUCUAACUAAAGCGUCCGACAGAAGCCGUGGAUGCAAGGAAGACGAAGAAGACUUGGGAAAGACAAAAUCUAGAGAGAGAAAAUCGUGGAAUCGCACUGCUCGACCUUGGCCUGGCAGUAUCGUUGGCGGUGGCGGUGGCGGUGACGGUGAUUCGAAUCUUAUGACUUGCGAUUCAAUCUUCAGCAUCGCUCUUCAAUGGAACUGCCUGGCAGGCGAUCGAAUUACACCUUAUUGAGCCAGAAUUUAGACGAGCCGUUCCACCACCAACCCCCGCCGAAAUUCACCGCCGCAGGCGGUGGGCAAGCGGCCCAACAGCCUCUGUACGGCGAGUCUCACUCCGCCGAGAAGAACAGACUCAAGUCCGAAAGAGCCGCGGCGCUCGAUUGGGAAGUGAUUGAUCAGAGGAUGAUUCAGCCGCAAUCGCAGCAGAGCCGGAUCGGAGCGCCGGGGUUUUCGGGGUCCUUUGGACUGCAGAGGCAGUCGAGUGGGAGUAGCUUCGGCGAGAGCUCGAUCUCAGGAGAUUACCACGUGUCUUCGCUUUCAAACCCCGAGGCCGUUUUUACGCAUUCGAGCGAAGGAGGCGCCGAAUACAGAGUGAAAGCGGGCGAGGCAUCGACCGGCGGCCGAGGAUCAUCUUCUUCCAAGAGCUGGGCUCAACAAACAGAGGAGAGUUAUCAAUUGCAACUGGUUUUGGCUCUUCGUCUCUCCGCUGAAGCUACCUGUGCCGAUGACCCGAAUUUUUUGGAUCCAGUACCCGACGAGUCUUCAUCUGCUGCCUCGUCAUUAUCUUCCUCUCCAGAGGCAAUAUCACAUCGAUUCUGGGUAAAUGGCUGCUUGUCGUUCUCAGACAAAGUUCCCAAUGGAUUUUAUGUUAUACACGGGAUGGAUCCCUAUGUUUGGGCUGUGUCCUCCGAUCAUCAGGAAAGUGGGCGCAUUCCAUCUCUAGACUCUCUUAAGAUUGUUGAUCCUGCCCUGUCAUCAUCAGUUGAAGUUAUCUCAGUAGACUGGCGAGGUGAUUCAAGCUUAAAAGAGCUUCAGAAUCGAAUCCAUACACUAUCAUCAAGUUGCAUGACUACAAAAGAAGUUGUUGACCAGCUUGCAAAGUUAGUUUGCAACCAUAUGGGGGGUGCUACUUCUAAUGGGGAAGAUGAUUUGGUCACUAUGUGGAAAGAAUGCAGUGAUGAAUUGAAAGAUUGCUUGGGUUCCGUUGUGAUCCCUAUUGGAAGCCUGUCAGUUGGGCUAUGCAGACACCGUGCUCUGCUAUUCAAAGUUUUAGCUGAUACUAUCGGCUUACCAUGUCGAAUUGCAAGAGGGUGCAAAUAUUGCAGUAGAGAAGAUGCUUCAUCCUGCCUUGUACGAUUUGGGCUUGAGAGGGAAUAUCUUAUUGAUUUGAUUGAGAAACCGGGAUGCUUAUCUGAACCUGAUUCCUUGCUAAAUGGUCCUUCUACAAUCUGUGUUUCUUCGCCAUUACGCUUCCCAAGAUUUAGGCCAGUGGAACCUACAACCAACUUUAGGUCUCUGGCCAAACGAUUUUUCUCGGAUUUUCAGUCAAUUGAUAUUGUGUUCGAUGAUUCUUUACCAGCUGUUAAUAUAGUUGGGGAUACUGGUGAUUCCACACAUCCUAAACAAUCAGAGAGGGCUUAUGUUGACCGAACCAGCUCGUCUCCAAGUUCAAGCAAUCGAGAAGAAAAAUCCAACCUCCCAACAUUCCCCACAAAUUCAUGGAUAAAGGUUCAUGGUAAAGAGCAGUUGAUAUUAAAACCAUCCAAUGCACAAGAUGUUGUGGGCUUCUCGAAUAUACACAAAAGCUCAAUUCCGUUGAAGCAUGUUCAUCCAAGCGGGAUUAAAGAUGUUCAGCCAGUUAUUUCCAUUCUGGAUCAAAGAGUAAAUAUCGGUAAUGAUAUGAGGUUUGGGGAUGGGAGUCAAUUUUUUACAUCUAAGGGAAUGGAAUUUUCCUUUGAUGUUGAUGAUUUAAACAUUCCCUGGAGUGAUCUUGUUUUGAAGGAGAGAAUUGGAGCAGGUUCUUUCGGAACAGUUCAUCGUGCUGAGUGGAAUGGCAGUGAUGUUGCUGUAAAGAUUCUCAUGGAGCAAGACUAUCUUGCAGAACGAUUCAAGGAAUUUUUACGCGAGGUGGCAAUUAUGAAAAGAUUGCGCCAUCCAAAUAUCGUACUUUUUAUGGGGGCUGUUACAGAACCACCAAAUUUGUCCAUUGUGACUGAAUAUUUAUCAAGAGGUAGUCUAUAUAGACUUCUGCAUAGGCCGGGUGCAAGAGAGGCAUUGGAUGAGAGACGUAGGUUGAGCAUGGCUUAUGAUGUUGCAAAGGGAAUGAAUUAUCUUCAUAAACACAAUCCUCCUAUUGUUCAUCGAGACUUGAAGUCACCUAAUCUUUUAGUUGACAAGAAGUAUACUGUAAAGGUCUGUGAUUUUGGUCUUUCCCGUUUAAAAGCAAACACAUUUCUUUCAUCCAAGUCUGCUGCUGGAACUCCUGAGUGGAUGGCACCUGAAGUUCUUCGUGAUGAACCAUCAAACGAAAAAUCAGAUGUCUACAGUUUUGGUGUGAUCUUAUGGGAGCUGGCAACAUUGCAGCAACCAUGGGGUAACUUAAAUCCCGCACAGGUUGUGGCAGCUGUUGGUUUUAAGUCAAAAAGGCUUGAAAUUCCCCCCUAUCUAAAUCCCCAAGUGGCAGCCAUGAUCGAAGCGUGCUGGGCAAAUGAACCUUGGAGAAGACCUUCAUUUUCGACUAUCAUGGAAACUUUAAGACCAUUGAUCAAGUCUCUACCAUCAAGUCAGCCGGGUGCUGCCGAAUUGCCUUUGCUCUCGUGAAAUUGUCCAGAAUGAAGCUCGUUUGGUGUAUGUUUCACUUGCUCAUUUGAUUUAGAACUACUUGGAUUGUAUAAGGUUUGUCUGUGUAAAGACUUCUUGACGCUGUUACGACAAAUCUUUUUAGUUUGCUUAUGAAUCUUGUUGUCUAUGAAGAUUGAAUCAAACCUACGUUUUGUCCUGUCAAGAUUAGAAAAAUUACUUGGAGGGCGCUCUA